AUGGCUAAUAAAAAGAAAGAAGAUUUCUCUGUCAAGGAGACCAAACCCUCCAUCCGUGCCAAGAAGCCAUUGAACGGUCCCACGACCUCCUUUGAUCUUGUGGAGGAGAUGUUAUAUCUGUAUGUCAGAACUGAGAAAGCCAAACUUGAGCCAGUUCAUAGUCUCCUCCAAGUUGAACUGAAGAUUGGGAACUACAGAGGAAACACGAGUCAUGCGCCGAAAAGUCCAGAGGGGGAAUUCUUGUGGCACCGGGUGUUUGCUUUCACCAAGAGCAGCCUUCAAGACACAAGUGUGCAGGUUCUGGUGAAGAGUGUAGGUGGAGUUGUCAUCGGCAAACGUAGCUUUGGUGUAUCAGAAGCAUUGAAGAGAGUACCACCUGAUCCUCCAUUGGCAGCUCAGUGGUAUCCACUGGUGGAUCCACAAGGGGAUAGUAAUAUCGUAGGAGAGUUGAUGAUGGCAUUUUGGACUGGGACUCAAGCCGAUGACGCCUAUAAUCUUGCUUCACAUUCUGAUGUAGCAGCCCCUUUAAGCCCUGAGGGUUUAUUAAGCAUUCGUCCGAAAGUGCAUCUUAUCCCGAGGUUUUGGUACCUCAGAGUUAAUGUAAUUGCAGCUCAGGAUCUGAUGAUUCCUGACAUCAACGACAGGGAACAAGCAGCGCAGAUUUUCGUAAAAGCUAGUGUUCUCAUGAAUCAUCAAGACAACAAUGUUCUGCGCUGUGACUUGACCACUAAAUCCUGUCUAACCAAGACCCGGGAUGCUAAGUGGAACGAGGACUUGAUGUUUGUGGUUGCGGAACCAUUUGAUGUACCUCUGUAUGUGGCAGUCUUUGAGCUGCUAAGGAGAGAUGCAACACAUCCUACUGAUCAGGGGGAAGAGAGAUUAUUAGGGUACUGUGAGAUUCCUGUAAAGACUGUGGGGAAGAGGAAUGAUACAUCACCUGCUACAAUUUUGUGGAAGGAUCUUAAGGUAAUGGAGAGUCAGGGGACCAAUGCGAGAUUCGCUAGCAAGAUUAAUAUGAGGAUCAGUUUGGAUGGAGGAUAUCAUGUUUUUGAUGAGCCUACUGAGUUUUCUAGUGAUCGUAGGCCAUCGGCAAAGGUACUGUGGAAAUCUCCAGUUGGGGUUUUUGAACUUGGAAUAAUGAGUGCCUCUGGAUUAUCCCAAGUGAACCCUAAGACUACUGUAGACACUUACUGCGUCGCCAAAUAUGGGCCAAAGUGGGUGAGGACAAGGACAGUUAUUGAUAAUUGUUCUCCAAAGUGGAAUGAACAAUAUAGCUGGGAAAUCUAUGAUCACUGUACAGUCAUAACUAUUGCAGUGUUUGAAAACAAUAAGUAUAUGCACAAAGGUGGAGAACGUCUUCCUGAUUGGGGCAUUGGAAAAGUAAGGAUUCGACUGUCCGAACUUGAACUUGAUAAAGUUUACACGAAUUCGCAUCCACUUGUGAAGCUAGAACCUCAUGGGGUGAAGAAGACAGGUGAACUUCAAUUGUCGUAUCGAUUUAGUUCUCCAUCUACGUUUAAUGUGUAUAGUAGUUAUUUAGAGCCCCUUUGGCCGAAACUGCAUUAUAAGCUCCCACUAUCGGUACAUCAGAUUUCCAAACUAAAGGAUCAAGCUAUCAAGCUUACAGUUUCAAAGUUGAAGAAGGCUGAGCCACCACUAAGCGAAGAGGUUGUGCGUUAUGUGUUGGAGGACAACAAAUUUCGUUUUAGUCUUCGGAGAGCUAGAGCCAAUUUCAUACGGUGUGCAAAACUUUUAAACAGUUUCUCAUUUUGCAAACAGCAGUUUGAUCGGUUGCGAAAUUGGACUAAUAUGAUGCAUACUAUUAUCUUUAUAAUUUGCCUCAACCUGGUCUAUUUCUUCCCUGCGAUGGCACUAUCCUCCAUGUUCUUCAUGCUUUGCGGUCUAGGGGCUUGGGGUUACCGGACGAGGCCUAGACAACUUCCUCACAUAGACACUGAGUUGUCUCAGGUUUAUAGUGUCCUCCCAGAUGAGAUUGCUGAAGAGUUUGAUUCAUUCCCAACAAGGGUACCUCGGGAGAUUGUGGUGGACAGAUAUUAUCGACUUGCAAAGAUAAUAUUCAACGCACAGACAAUGCUUGGUGACAUUGCAACUAUAGGUGAGAGAGUGCAGUCUAUGUUGAGUUGGAGGGAUAAAAGAGCUACUUUUUUUGUUCUGAUCUUCUUUUUCACUGCUGGGGUUUUGUUUUACGCUAUCCCUUGGAGCCUGGGGCUUGUUUAUGUCUUGACUAUAGCGUAUGUGUUCCUGCAUCCAAGGUUUCGUAUUGACCUCCCUUCAUAUUUCCAGAACUUCAUUGCGAGAUUGCCAUCAAAUAUGGACAGCAUGCUAUGA